AUGGCACUCGGUUCUUCCCUCUUUGCCACCGUCCUCCUUGCGAUCGCGGUCGCCGCGAGCCCCGUGCGGAUUGACAAACCCCUUGUCUCGCUGCCGCUGGUCCGCCGUACCAACAGCACCGGCCUGGCCAACCUGCUCGCGAAUGACCAGGCGAGGGCCCGCUACCUAAAGGACCGCACCCAGUCCAAGCUCGAGGGCCGCACUGGGAGUGCUGACGCGACCAACACUGCUACACAAUACGUUGUUAGCGUCGGUGUCGGGUCCCCUGCUACUCAGUAUUCCCUACUUUUCGACACAGGUUCUUCUAACACCUGGGUCGGCGCUGCCAAGCCAUACGCGAAGACCUCCACCAGCAACGACACUGGUCACAGAGUGUCUGUCACCUACGGCUCGGCGACCAUCUCGGGCGAAGAGUACACCGACACCGUCACGCUCGGUGACGGGCUGACCAUCACACAGCAGUCCAUCGGUGUCUUCGAUGGCUAUGGCUUCGGUGGUCUCGAUGGCAUUCUCGGUGUCGGCCCUGUUGGUCUGACCGAGCGUACCCUCAGCGACUCCGAUGAUACGAUCCCUACUGUGAUGGACAACCUCUUCUCUGAGGGUAUUAUUGACACGGAAGUCCUCGCCGUCUCUUUCGCACCGGCGACCUCUGACAACGAUACCAACGGUGAGCUCACCUUUGGCGGUACCAACUCCUCCAAGUACACCGGCUCGAUCAACUACGUCCCUAUCACGUCCACUUCCCCCGCGAACGAGUUCUGGGGCAUCGACGAGUCCAUCUCAUACGGAUCCUCGCCGAUCAUGAACUCCACUGCUGGUAUCGUCGACACCGGCACGACUCUCAUCCUGAUCGCAUCCGACGCGUUUGACGCGUACAAGAAUGCUACCGGCGGCACUGCGGACGAGAGCACCGGCCUGCUGCGCAUCUCGAGCUCGCAGUUCAGCAGCCUCCAGACGCUUAACUUCAACAUCGGCGGCACGACCUACGGCCUGACGCCGAACGCGCAGAUCUGGCCGCGUUCGCUGAACAGCGCGAUCGGCGGGAGCGCGGGUGACAUCUACCUCGUCGUGAACGACAUCGGGAGCGUGUCUGGUGAGGGCCUGGACUUCAUCAACGGGUACGCGUUCCUUGAGCGCUUCUACUCUGUGUUCGACACCACGAACUCGCAAGUCGGCUUCGCGACGACCUCGUACACGAACGCGACCAGCAACUAA